GCACGCAACGGAAAAGAAUGUGUAAACGGAAGUGCCGCGUUCGUUGGUUUUGUGACAAACCUGAGUUUUUAACCAGAAAUUAAGUGUACAUACAUAUGAAUGCACGAAGCAAACACAUACACAAAGAGCGAAGUUGAUUUAAUUAAUUUGGCUAUGGGAAAAUCUACUCCUGUAACGUGAAUUUUCUUCAUGCACGAAAACUGCAUUGCCCCUACCAGAUUUUAUGUACAUAACGAUUUGUGAAAAAUAUGAAAAAUUAAAUUGUAAAAGUGUUAAGUAGGAAGUGAAUAUACUUCACACAAAUAAACACAUACAAAAAAGCUGCUGGAAAUUGUGCUGCUGUGCUUGGUGCUAGCGAAAAAUUGGGAGUACCUACAUACUUGCAUACAUAUUUGGAAAGGAAAAAGGAUAUAUCGGAGAACAACUAAAUGCACCUUUACUGCUCGCCCUGCAUCUGAGCCGACUCCGAGGCUGAGGAUUAUAAGACCAAAAAAAGAAGCAUCGACAACGGCUCAACUACCUAAAACAGCUGCCGCCGCUUAGCAGAAAAACUGCAACACACACAGCACGCUAGGCAAAUGAACAGCAAGAGCAAUAACAAUAACAAUAACAACUACAACAAAAAAAAACAAGAACAAUAAGAAACAGCAAAAGCAACAGCGCGCGCCGCCUGCAUUUAUUAUUAUCUGCUCGUAUUGAAUUACAAUACAAAUGCACAUCCGCUACCUACAGGUCGGUCGACUGUUGGUCGAUGGUUGGCAAAGUGUAGCUUUGUAGUUACAUAGUGGUGUUUGUGCGUACACCGAGUAGUUGAAUAUUUUUUCUUUAAAAUUUUCUCGUUCUUUUUUUUUUGAAAAGUGUAUUUCACUUUACGACGAACGGAGUGGUUGCCCCGCUGAAUUGGUUGUUUCUUGUCUUUUGCGCCUACCGCCGACAGCGAGGAAAUUAUCAACCACCACCAACAAACACCGAAGCCAGAAGAGAUGCCUGCUGCAACAGCUAUUGAACGAAAUUGUGUAGUCCAAUUAUUUUAUUGUUGUUAGUGUACGUUUAAUGUGCAUUUAAAAUAACAGUUGUGUGUGCUUGUGUAACGUUUUUUUUUGUGUGGCAGUGUUCAGUGCAGCAUUGCAACACAGUUAGAAGGAACGUGCGGACGACGGUAGUUGGACGAUACGAAUCGAAGGUGCGAGAAAAUUAAUAAAAACAACGAAUAACGAAAAUUGUUUACAUGUGAAAAAAUGCCACAAUUGUUUUGUUGCGUGCCACGGCAACAACAACAAAAGCUUAGCGAAACAAUUGCGUGCAUGAAAAUAACGAGUACAUUACCACACAACGUAAUCAUGUGAUUUAGUUAGUUUAAAAUGGGAAAAAAAUUUUGAACUGCUGUUCGAAAUCACACGAAAAAAGUGCGAAAUUUAACAAACAAAAAAAUCAGCUUGACGCCGCCGCUUGCCGCUAAAUGACCAAAGCCAGAAGCCUUGCCUGCCUAAGGAACUGCAUAAAACGUUUAACAAAACAACAGAAAAAACUAAAUUAAAAAUAAAAACAAAACAAGAAAAAAAAAUAAACCGUUUUCCAGUAUUCAUUCACCUUAAAAAAAAAACAACAACAGAAAACAUCACACAACAAAAAUCAUUACACCAAAACUUCAGCAAAAAUUCUGCAGCGCCCUCCUUCAUACACCAUACAUUCACACACACCUACACACACACACACACACACACACACGCUCGCGCUAUUUUAAUGUACGGCAAUGACGCACCUGCAACCCCAACGUCGCUUCUACUCCCCAAUGCGGCGAUUUAAAGGAGGCGGUGGUGGUGAUGGUGCUGGCAGCUUAAGCGCAGCAAGUGUCAGUAGAUAUGCACAAGCAGAUGCUCGCAACAGCAACAGCAAUAGCAAAAACAACAACAACUCCAGCAACAGCAAUAGCAGCGAAAGUGCAAUUGCCAUUGACGCCGCCUUUGCUUCUGCCUCUAUCGGCGGUGGUGGUGGUGGCGAUUGUGGUGUAGAAACAGUGUUUAACACUAACGCUUGCACGGCAGCUGUUGCGCUCGAUUGUUGCAGCAGUAAUGGUGGUGAUGGUGUUGUAAGUGCGGCACAUUGCCACACUCCAUCGUCCGCCCGCACAGCAAGCCACCCGACAGCAAUGUACACACGCGCCGCCGCCAGUAUUCUUCACCCCAACAGCCACAGCGUUCUCCACCACCUUCCACCAAUCAUUCUUCGUCGUGAACGUCGCCUUUGUUGGCUCUUUUGUGUAAAUUCUCACUUUCUCCUCCUCCUCCUCCUACUGUUGCUUGCUGCCUGCGGUGAUUUCCUUCAGGUUGCCGCCGAACCAUAUGGCGGCUCUUCGGUGGGCAUACAUAUACCCGGCGGCAGUUUGGGCGUGAUCAGUGAAUCACGUUGUCCGCGUGUGUGUUCGUGUAAUGGCCUGACGGUAGACUGUUCGCAUCGUGGUUUAACACAAGUGCCGAGGAAGAUAUCAGCGGAUGUGGAGAGACUCGAUUUGCAAGGCAAUAACAUAACUGUCAUUUUUGAAGCUGACUUUCAACGCUUAACGAAACUACGAAUACUGGAUAUCUCGCACAAUAUCAUUACAACAGUGGGACGACGUGUCUUCAAGGGCGCGCAAUCUUUGCGCUCUCUACAGUUGGACAACAAUCAGAUCACCUGUAUGGAUGAGCAUGCGUUUAAGGGUCUUAUUGACUUGGAAAUUCUCACUCUCAACAACAACAACUUAACUUCGCUGCCGCAUAACGCUUUUAGUGGUCUGAAUCGCUUACGUGCUCUACGUCUGUCUGAUAAUCCCUUUUCUUGUGACUGUCAUUUGUCGUGGCUUUCGCGUUUCCUGCGUAGCGCUCCCAGACUUGCGCCAUAUACGCGCUGUCAGUCGCCUUCUCAGCUAAAGGGUCAAAAUGUGGCGGAUCUGCAUGAUCAGGAAUUCAAGUGUUCAGGUAAAUUUUACUAGGUAUUUUGAAUCAAAGGAGUUUAAUUAUGGAAA